AUGAACGAUGAUUUUAUUGCUGAACAUGUUUUACCAUCAAUAAGUUUACAUUAUCAUUCCGUAAAUCUAUCAAGUGAUCAACCUAUCGAAUCGAAUAACCUUAACCUUAAUGUUCAACAUUCGUCACCAUCAAUAAUAGAAACCGGUUCAGAAACUACAUUAAAUGCAACAUGUGAACAUAUUGAAUUAACAAGUCGAUUUUUUAAUAAUAUCCAAUUUUCCGAUGUUCGCCUUCGUAUUGGCACGAAUGUUUAUUAUGCACAUAAAUUUAUUUUGGCUAAGUCAAGUGACGUAUUAGCAACACUUUUAUAUUCUCAACAUUGGACAUCGAAUGAUUCAGAAAUUGUUCUUGAAGAACAAGAUGAAUGUCAAGGAGAUGUUUUUGAAAAAUUUCUUCGAUUCUUUUAUACAGCAAAAGUAACUCUUCACGAAUCUAUUGUGAUUGGUUUAUUAUGUCUGGCAGAUAAAUAUAAUGUACAAUCUCUACGCAAUUUAUGUACUCAAUUUAUGAUAAUGCAAGCUAAACCUCCUAAUGUUCGCAAUGCUAUUGCUUGGUAUUCUAUAGCAAAACAAUUUACUCUUGAUGAUCUACGUGAUAUUUGCAUUAAAACUGUUGCCUGGAACAUGGAACAUCUCUUAUCGAAUGCAAAUCAAACUGAAUGGUUUCGGCGUGAAUUUGAAUUUAUUCGUGAUCUUCUAUCAACAUCAAAUCUUGUCGUUACAAAUGAAUAUCGUUUGUAUACAUCACUUAGUAAUUGGCUCUUAGCAAGAUCAUCUGAUACACUUAUAUUAUCAUAUGCAUGUGACCUUUUACCGUUAAUACGUUUUUCACAGAUGUUACCUAUACAAUUGCAUCAAAUCGAACAAUCAUUCUUAUAUCAAAGUAGUAACAAUCAACAAAUUCAAGAUUUACUUAAACGUUUAUUACAUCAAGCUUAUCGUUUUCAUACAUUAGCAUCGUUACGAGGAGACACAAAUAAACCAGAAUUUUCACCAUUAGAAUGGUAUUUACCACGAGAAUAUACAGAAAUGAAUAUAACUGAUCGCGUUGAUAUUCAAUCAACACUUCGCUUUGGCAUUCAAGUUGAUGUUCAAACAUGUUCAUCACCUGUUCCAUCAAUUGAUCGUAAUGCAGAUUGGAAAGUUGUUUAUCGUAAACGCAGUCAUGAUAGAUGGACACUUAAAAUACAUCGACACGAUGAAGUAAAUGAAACUUAUGCACAAGUAACAGCAAUUAUCUAUGAUUGCGAGCGACGUGUUCUACAAGUUGAUCGCGGUGAAACAUUUCUAUUUACAACAUCAAAUCAAUAUGAACUUGAAAUUGUUUUGAACAAUCCAUUUGAAGCUAAAGAACUAUAUCUCCUUAUUAAACCUGUUAUUUCUUAA